AUGCGCCAAACACAGAACGAGUACGAGACAUUGGACAACAAGUGCAAAACGAUUGCAAGCGAAGCAAAUAACGCCAAUCAGCUUGCCAAAAACCUGCAAAACCGAAUCGACGAAUUCGAGAAUGAUUUCGAGAAGUUGCUAAAUGAGAACGAGAAUUUGAUCCGCAUGGCAGCCUCCAAUGGGAAGGUGGCAAGUUCCACUAGCACUUUGGAAGAGCUGGUUGAGCAGCUGAACAAUCUGGUGGAUGAGAAAGAUGUGUUGAUUGAUGACUUUAGAGAUAGCAAAGGGGACCUGAAGAUUGAGAUCAAUAGGAAAACUCUGGGACGAGCUCGUAAAGCUCAAGAAGUCGAAUGA